UCAUGCCGGUGUGGGUGGGAGGAGACAGGGAGUCUUGAGGAUUUUAUGAGGGCGAAGCGGAUAACAACUUUUACAGAGCGGAUGCCCUUAAAUUUAACUAGGUAAAAAUGCAGUUAGUUUUACCAAGAUAGUGUACCUGCAAUUGCGACUUGCAGGAUGUGACUGGGAAUAUGCUUUUAGUGAUGGUAUUGUCUAGGUAAACGCAGGAAUCGCAUCUGAAGUUUUCUGCUUCCUAGGAAGUCGAAGCCACUGGAAUGUGUCGAAACAUGUCGUGGCGACGUAGCUUGUGCUGUUGUAUUGGUUAAAUCUUUGCAGCGGAUUGUAUUGAAUGAUCGAUAUUAAGCCUGAAUCCAGAUGGACAAACCUGGGGACAGAAUAUCAGGAGCAAAGUAAACGGACAAAGAUUGGCAUAAAGAAGUAACAGUAUGCAGCAGUGAAAGAAGGACAAGUAUCAACAGCCAGUGAGUGACUGAAAACCAUUACUUGACACUAGUUAUUUCUUUCUUCAGCUCUGCAAAAACAAAAAGCCAGACUCCCAACACAAGAGAGGAACGUUUGAAGAGUAUUAUAAUGUUCAAGGCUGUUCUGAAAAAGAAUCGUGAAGGUGGUAAGGGAAGCAAGAAAGACACUGAUAUAUGCUGGUUGGAACACCCAGGUGAUAACCCACAUUCCAGUAAUGACUACAUACAAAGGAGGCAAAGGACACAUGGUGACUACUACCAGGAGGACAUACAACAGUCAUCUGCUGUUCCAAGCAGUAACACUGGUUAUGGGAUAUCUGAAGAUCUCUACAGAGUGACUUCAACCAAGGGAAUAUCUAUGUCAUUGCCUUCAUCACCUCUCUUACCCCGCCAAGGAUAUAUGGUGCCAUCCCGCUCAAGCAAGAAGUCUCCAGGUCCAAUCAGAAAGCCUAAGUAUGUAGAGAGUCCCAGAGUGCCAGGAGAUGUAGUUGUGUCAGCUCCAAGAAAAGUAUCCGAGAUAAGUGAUCCUGCUUUGAAUGAUCUACAGGCUGAUAAAGAACAUAGCUCUUCCCCUGCUACUCAGGAAUUAAUGACAAGGUUGGGAUUCUUACUUGGAGAAGGGAUACCAAAUGCUGAUCACAUAUCAAUGGAGAACAAAAGCGAAAUAAAGUGCAUAACAGCCAACCAGGGAAUCAGUCCAUGUUCUACCUUAACAAGCAGCACUGCGUCUCCAAGCACAGACAGCCCUUGUUCUACUCUAAGUAGCUGCAUCAGCCAGCCAGCAGCUAGCAAAAGUAGUCCCUGUGGGACUGUUACCAGCCCUAGCUCCACAUUGGAAAGCAAAGAUAGUGGCAUUAUAGCGACAGUAACAAGUUCAUCUGAAAAUGAUGACAGAAGUGGAUCUAGUUUAGAAUGGAGUAAAGAUGGAAGUCUGAGGGACAGUGGUCAUCAUGGUAUUGGUCACAGUACAAGGUCAGACAGUUGCUCUCCUGUAGCAGAGGAGGAGACGACUGUCUUAACAGAGUGUUUGUUGAAAACUCAUGGAGCUUCUAAAGAUGGACCUGUCCCAUAUACGCAGCAAAGUUCAUCUAGCUAUGUAAUGCCUCGUCCAAACUCUGUUGCUGCGACAAGUUCAACAAAGCUAGAAGAUCUGAGCUAUUUGGAUGAGCAAAGAAAUACCCCGCUGCGCACUUCAAUCAGAUUGCCAUGGCACAGUACUGCUGGAGGCAGAGCACAGCAAGAAGUUAGAGCACGAUUUGCUCCAUACAAGCCAUCAGAUAUUAUGUUAAAACCGCUGCUAUUUGAAGUGCCAAGCAUAACAACAGAUUCCAUAUUUAUUGGAAGAGACUGGUUGUUUCACAAGAUAGAAGAAAAUUUUCAAAAUCUUGAUUUGCCAGAAAACAGAGGAGCAGUAAUUGUUGGAAAUGUCGGAUUUGGAAAAACUGCUAUAAUAUCAAGGAUGGUCGCUCUAAGUUGUCACGGAGGUCGUAUGAGACAAAUUGCAUCGAAUAGUCCCUGUACCUCCCCUAAAAGUGGUGAUAGCCAAGAGCUGCCACUCAGCCAGUCACCUCAGCCAGUCUAUUCAGCAAGUAGUGCCAACACAUUAAAGAGUGGAAGCUGCUUAGAUACCCCUGAACUUCAGAAGCAAAGAGAAGAAGCAGUGAAGAGAAUUGCAUCAAAGGUUGCAGCAUAUCAUUACUGUCAAGCAGACAACACCUAUACAUGCCUCGUACCCGAGUUUGUUCACAGUAUUGCAGCUUUACUUUGCCGGGCUCACCAGCUAACAGCAUACAGAGACCUGCUUCUGAAGGAGCCUCACCUUCAAAGCAUGCUUAGUUUGAGGUCAUGUGUUCAAGAUCCAGUGGCAGCAUUUAUUAGAGGAGUUUUGGAACCCCUCACAAGCCUUCGAAAAGAACAAAAAAUUCCAGAAGAAGACUAUAUAAUAUUGAUAGAUGGCUUAAAUGAGGCCGAGUUUCACAAGCCUGACUACGGUGAUACAAUUGCCUCCUUUGUAAUCAAAAUGAUUUCAAGAUUUCCACCUUGGCUGAAACCAAUUGUAACAGUGCGUUCUAAUUUCCAGGAAAUAGGUUUGCUUCCAUUCUUCAAAAUUUCUCUGGAUAAUUUUCUUGAGAACAGAGGCAUCACUGAUGAUCUGAAUUCAUAUAUACAGUACAGAAUCAACACCAGCCAAGAAAUAUUAAGUAACAUAUCACUAAAUGGUAAAUCAGAUUCUGUCACAGUUGGUAAAGUAAGCAACCAUUUGAUCACACGAAGCCAAGGUUCCUAUCUUUAUUUAAAGUUGACUCUUGACCUCUUUGAAAAGGGCCAUCUUGUGAUCAAGAGUGCAAGCUAUAAAGUGGUUCCAGUGUCUUUGUCUGAGUUGUACUUGCUUCAUUGCAACAUGAAGUUUAUCACCAAUUCUGCCUUUGAAAGGGUGCUUCCAAUUUUAAAUGUGACUUUGGCAUCCCUUCAUCCUAUGACUGCUGAACAGAUUUUUCAUGCUGUUAAUGCUGGGUCAGUGACUGGGGAAUUGGAAUGGGAGGACUUCCUGCAGAGAAUGGAGGUUCUUUCAUGUUUUUUGAUUCAGAGAAGAGAUAAAACAAGAAUGUUUUGUCAUCCAUCUUUCAGAGAAUGGCUUGUUUGGAGGGCAGAUGGAGAAAGCACAGACUUCCUUUGUGACCCAAGAAGUGGCCAUGCAUUAAUGGCGUUCAUGUUUUCACGCCAAGAAGGAAAGUUGAAUCGUCAACAGACAAUGGAGCUUGGUCAUCAUAUUCUCAAAGCACAUAUUUUUAAGGGUUUAAGUAAGAAGACUGGGAUCUCUUCCAGCGUUCUUCAAGCCCUGUGGAUCAGUUACAGUACUGAUGGAUUGUCUGCUGCGCUGGCUUCUUUGCGCAAUCUUUACACUCCAAAUGUAAAGGUUAGUAGGCUGUUAAUUUUUGGAGGAGCAAAUGUGAACUAUAGAACUGAAGUAUUGAGUAAUGCUCCCAUCCUUUGUGUACAAGCCCAUCUUGGCCAUGAGGAAAUGGUUAGUCUGCUUCUGGAAUUUGGAGCUGCUGUUGAUGGAGCAUCAGAAAAUGGCAUGACUGCUCUUUGCUAUGCAUCGGCUGCAGGACAUCUGAACAUAGUGUCACUUCUUGUAAAGAUGGGAGCAAAGGUCGAUCACUUGGACAAAAAUGGCCAGUGCCCUAUUGUCCAUGCUGCCUUAAGAGGACACCAGAGUAUCAUGGAAUAUUUUAUCAGUUCUGAUUGGAUGGACUGUGGCCAGCAGCGAAAUCAAUUAAGAGAAAAGCAGACACUACAGCAGGCACUAAUUGCUGCUUCCAGUAUGGGACACUGUCAGGUGGUUGAGGAGUUGCUGAAACUUGAGAAUGUAUUUAAUGUUGAAAUCAAUGGAACAGACACACUGUGGGGUGAAACAGCUUUGACAGCUGCUGCAGGCAGAGGUAAACUGGAGGUCUGUCAGCUGCUGCUUGAAAAGGGAGCAGUAAUAUCUAGAACCAAUCGACGAGGAGCUUCCCCACUCUUUUGUUCUGUGAAGCAGGGUCACUUGCAGGUUGCCAAGCUGCUUCUGGAACAAGAAUCUGAUGUUAAUGCAAGUGACAAGCAGGGUAAAACACCAUUAAUGGUAGCUUCUUGUGAAGGGCAUUUGAACACUGUGGAAUUUCUCCUUUCAAAAGGUGCAUCAGUAUCUUCGGUAGAUAAAGAAGGGCUCUCUGCUUUAAGCUGGGCUUGUUUAAAGGGACAUAAGGCAGUGGUCCAGUGUUUAGUGGAAAGAGGUGCAGCCAUAGAUCAUACAGACAGGAAUGGCCGUACUCCUUUGGACCUUGCUGCUUUCUAUGGAGAUGCUGAUGUUGUCCAGUAUCUGGUAGAAAGAGGAGCCAUGAUUGAGCAUGUUGAUUGCAGUGGAAUGCGUCCCUUGGACAGAGCAAUUGGAUGCCGGAAUACAUCUGUGGUGGUGACUCUCCUUAGGAAAGGAGCUAAAUUAGGCUGUAGAACUUCUGAUCGAUCAGGAAAUGCUGCCUGGGCAAUGGCCACAUCCAAACCUGAUAUCCUUAUUAUUCUUCUACAGAAAUUGAUGGAAGAAGGAAAUGUGCUAUAUAAGAAAGGAAAAAUGAGAGAGGCAGCCCAAAGAUACCAGUAUGCUCUUAGAAAAUUUCCUCGAGAAGGAUUCGGUGAAGAGCACAAGUGUUUUAAAGAACUAAAGGUUUCACUUUUCUUAAAUUUGUCACGAUGCAGAAGAAAGACAAAUGACUUUGGCAUGGCAGAAGAAUUUGCUUCUAAGGCACUUGAACUGAAGUCCAAGUCAUACGAAGCUUAUUAUGCUAGAGCAAGAGCAAAGAGAAGCAGCAGGCAGUUUGCUGCAGCCCUGGCAGAUUUGCGUGAAGCUACAAAACUUUGCCCUAAUAACCGGGAAAUAAAAAGGCUUCUGACUCGAGUUGAAGAAGAAUGUAGACAGUUUCAGAGAACACAGAGGCAACAGUAUAAUUAUCCAGCCCAACAGAACAAUGACUCAGACAAUGAAGAGGAGGUUCUGGAUCAAAUACUCGAUAGCCAUCCAUCUCUUGGUCUUGAGGAGAUAGAUGAGGAAGAAUUUUCACAGCAUGAUGAAAUGUCUGUACCUUUCCCUGUACCACAACAUUCACAGGCUUCACUUGCCACUAGCAAAGCACUUCAGGAAGGAUCUGGCAGUUUAUCACAGAAGUCAAGACCUGUGUCACCUCAGAACAGAAUAGGUCAGCGGUAUAUGAAGGAUCCACUUGCUCAUCAGGGUUUCAUUGGGCAGCCUACUAAACAAGCCCAAAUAGUAAAAACUAACCAACACAUUAAUUCUGUUCAUUCUGGAAUACGAGAUGGAAAUGGGCAAUAUAGCAGCAAAACACAGACCCAGUCACAGUAUACACCUCCGAGCCCUGUGCCUGGCAGACAUGGCACAAGUACAAAGAACAGAGGUGGACAAAAUCCAGAUGGUGGUGAUACUGUGCCUGUAUUAAGCACCACUGUAGGGCAUCAUUCCGGAUCUUACAGUGACAGGUUGGCACCAAGUCUGACUGCAAAAACUGAAGUUGUGGCUUCCUGUCACUCUUCCCAGUCAUUCAUAAGUGCCACAAAAACAAAUGAGAGAGUGACUGCACACACUGCACCAUGUGUUGAAGCUGCAGUGUCUCAACCAAACAUAAGUGAAAUUAAACAAGGAAGCAUAGCCAGUUCCUUUUCUGCAUCUGGUUCUCAGGCUAGUAACAUGAAACUUUCUAGCUCUACAAGUAGCUUAGCUUCAAGCUGCAACCUGUCAGACAGUGGAAAAAUCCAAGGGCCAGAUGUCCGAACAAAAACAACUCUUGAGCAUAGGAGUAAUCAAAGUGGAACUGAUCACCGGCCUAGAGCAACUCCUUUUAUGGGAAUCAUAGAUAAAAAUGCAAGGUUCCAUCAGCUGCAACAAGGACAGCAACAAAAUCGUAGCUGGUUCAACCAGCCAGCUGAAGGAUUACUUCAGAAUAUUAGUCAUACUAAUGUAACACAGACAUUAAAUUCUGCCCCAUCUUUUGUGAACCCAACAAGUGCUUACCAUGAUCAGACUAAACUUCCAUCUCAGGGUGCUGUAGGAAGUAUUCACAAUGGAAUGCAUCAUAAGGAACAAGGAGAAAAGACAUGCGAAGCUCCUACCAAUUUUCAGGAACCUAAGUCAGCAGGGAUUCUUUCUCACUCACUUCAAGAUAAUGUACCCAAACAGCAAAGUCAGACAGCUAGAGAAACCCACUCAAAUCACGUUAAUUCAUCUAUGAAACCAAAGCGUUCAUUUAUAGAGUCUAAUGUGUGAACAUUUAUAAUUGUUCCUAUAUGGUAAUAACACAAGAUGGUUUCCAGUUAUAAUACCAUUAGAUUUCCAGCCACUGAUAAAACAUUGAAUUUCCUAGCCAUAUUUUUCCUCAUGUAGCAGAUCAUUAUUUUUUUCUUUGUUGGUAUAAAUUUAAGACAAAACAUUACAUUAUGCAGUUGUAAGCAAAUUCUAAGAAGAGAGAAGAAAAUAUUUCUUGCUGCAUAGAAAAUAAUUUAUCAUUUUACUCUACUAAUGUUAUUUGUAUUUCCUGUUAGUUUCAGAUAUCUUUUUAGUUAACUGUUCUUGGUGAAAUGCUCUAUGCUGUUUCGUACUUUUGGGGGUGGGUGCAUUUUAUGUAUUACAGUAUUUUGUUUUCAAAUGAGGGACAAAAACAACUGUAAUAGAACCUUAGGACCCCAAGUUUUUUCCAUUGUUCUGUAAUUUAACAUUGUAUUUGUUUCUUACCUGUACAUAAUACUUGUGUGUGUGUGUGUGUGUGUGUGUGUGUGUGUGUGUGUGUAUAUAUAUAUAUAUAUAUAUAUAUAUAUAUAUACACACACACACACACACACACACACACACAAAUUGUGUGUUCACCGACUGUUACAUAACAGCCCUGUUUUGAAAGGCUUUCACGUGUUUAUUUUCCUUUACCAGUGGGCAAGAACCCCUUCAAAAUUGUGGAAACUAACGUUGCAUUAUACUUGACCCAUGAAUCAUAGACUAGUCCCAUUUUACCAUCUGCAGGGGUAGGAUUAGUGGCACAUCCACUGGAUUUCCACAUUCACAUUUUUUAGGAGUGCCUUGAAGGAUUAUUUUCAUACAUUGAGAAGGUGCAUAUGUCAAGUCAAGUAGGAACAGGAAAGCUAAUAAUGUGCCCUUCUCUCAGCAUGUCCUUGUUUUUGUAAAAAACCUGUGAGAAAUUAUACGUUGUGUUUACAUAUGCUGGAACACAAGUUAAAGGACUAUGUCGGAAUCACAGCUGAAAUGUCUCGCAUUGAACUUGUGCUGUCAUUGAGUACUCCUCCCCUAAAAUCUUUUUCCUAUAAUAUUGUAUAUCGGUUACAUUUAGUAAAGAAGUUUCUUACUUGCAGUCUACUGUUAAGCAGAGCUGUAAUCCUUCUUUUUGUGGGUCCAAAGCAAACUUGGUAUGGACUGAAUAUUCCAUAUUGUAGCCACAUACCAGACACAGUGGGAAAUAAAACAGGGCUGUGUAUUGUGCAGGGAAUUUAAAAAAACAGACCCUUAAAGUCUAUUAUUUUAUAGCCAUUGCUUUGAAUGUGUUUUAUAGCUUCAAUCAUGCUGGUUAUUGCACUGUAUAAAUAAUAUAGCAUGUAAGACAUUAACAGCACUUUAUUUACUACAGGUUAUAAAAUGUUUUCAGGUGUUUAUCUGAUAAAAUGCUAUGACAUUUUUGUAACCAGUGCCAUGGAAAAGAUGGUGCUGGAUCCUCAAAUAGAAAAUUGAGGUGCAGAUAUUGUAUCAGCACUUGAAGCAGAGUACUAGUGUUAAUGCUUUAGUACUUGGAUGUGUCAAUGCCAUGUGUUUAGUGUAGACUGUAAAAAAAUCUGGUUGUAGAUAGGCAAGAAAAAGGAUCAGCAGGAAAUAAGAAAAAUUUGUAAGUGGCCAUUUAAGCAGAAGGCUUUGUAAUGUUUAUUGUAUGUAAUUAAGUUAUCAUGGAUCUGCUUUAUCCUGAUGGAGCCCCAAGUACUGAAUUGCAAUGUGGAGAACACAUCUCAUUGAGUAGUGGUAAUCAACAAAAUCAGUGACAAACACUUUUUUGCACACAGGAGCCCCCAGAGUGCAAACUCAUAUACACACACUUACAUUCUAAUUCUGAGGUUGCAGAGCAUCGAUAAACAGUUUUUUAUUGUAGAGUGAAAUAUUUACUUUUUCCAGAGGUUACAUGACCUAGAGUUGGUAUGUAGAAGCAGGUGUUGUGAGCAGCACAGCCAACUUGUACCACAUUACAAAAAAACAAAAAACAAAAAGGUAGAAGUGUAGUUUAAAGUAAUGUAUGUUUCAGUUAAUAUUGCUGUACAGUGAGAUGUGCCCGAUAACCCUGCAAUUUAGUAGCCUGUGUAUCAUUAAGGUGAAGUAGAUCCAGUUGUCAGGGUACUUCAGAUUUUGGUCAUUAAAACUAUAGUGCCUAAACUUUUAAAUUGCUCUUCUUAAGGAGAUUUGUUCCAUUCUGGUUUGACAGAAUAACUUGCCAACCACCUUUACAGCACUGGCACUUUUGGUCAUGAUCAUACAUUGCUAUCAAAAUCUUGUGUGCUCUGUGUCAUCUGCAUAUUACUUAAGUUCUUUGUCAAGAGUUGUUUUUUGACAGGUGUAAUGUACAAGAUGUUGAGAAGCACAACAGAGGCUCAGUAAUAACUGUUUCAACACGCUGGUACUAUUAUUACAGUAAACGUUUUUCUACAGCAGUAAUAAAAUCCAUAUUUGACAGAUCCUUGAUGAAAAAGUGGUCGGGAGGCUACAUGUAAUGAACUCUUCUUCAUCCUCUGUUUAUCAGUUUUAGUAGAAUCCUCCUCACUGUGAUCAGCCAUGGUCAUCAAAUUUAAUGAAGGAACUUCUUUACAAAGAAAGGGGAGGAGCCCUUUCUCUCCAUUUCUUCCCCCCACUAAUUCAGUAUCUUCAGACUCAACUUGCUGAAGUAACAACUGCCAAUCUUCCAACUUUAAACAUUUCAACCAGCCUUCAUAAAGAAGCCUCCCGUGAGAGUCCCUUCCUGAACUUCAAAAAACUGAAAUAAAGUUGUUGGUGAAUAUGCAGUUAAUGCAAGAGGUAUAUAGACAAUCCUUGCUUAUAGUAUGUGAUAUUGCUAACUAGCAAGCCAGGGGUGUAGUAUAUAGAAUGGUUCUUUGCCACCAUACAGGUGUGCAUGUUUCCCCAACAAAUAUGAUAAACUUGCAGUUGAUUUGUCUUCAGCUGUUCAGCAGGGAGAUUAAAGAGCUUAUUUUAAAGGUCAAGUAAAACGGGUCAUUGUAUUGCUUCUUUCAGCUGUAAGAAACAUGAAGGCAAACAUGGCCAGAAUACAUAAACCAACAAAGGUUUCCAACAUCUGCAAAGAAAUAAGUCCUUCGGAUCUGAUUCCUAUUAAUGGCAGCAGUAGUUUGACUGCACGUUUAAACAUUACUUCCUUGCCAGCCGGUCAAGAAAUAGUUUAGAGAAGCUUCUAAUCAUAUCAGGCUUGUUGGUUACACAACUGCUAGUACACCUGCAUACCCUGUAACUGUACCCCCUCCAUGGUAGCUCAGCAUCCUGACACUCUCCAUAAACAGUGCUUCAUCAUGAAGCACAAUCUUGCUGAAGAAGUUGAUGGAGUCCGUAUCUAAUAUGUCUGCAGAAAUGUGGGACUUUUACUCCUAUGUUGUACUGAUUUUCCAAUAAGACUGGAGACUUUCUACAUAUUGUAGACUUAAGAAGAAUUGACAAGUUCAUUCUUUAUAAGUUGUUAACUGUUUGGUUCAUUUUGCAAUAGGUAUAUCUACAAAUGUAAUUUCUCCAGCUGACAUGAAGAUCCUGAAGGUCAAAGAUUCCAGUUCACAAACUUGUUCUCUGCAUUUUCUUGUAUUUUGUUUAGCCUUGCAAAGUACUUAGGAGGCAUAGCAAUACUCUUUGCUGACAAAAAGUCCAUGCCUUUUCUUAUGUAGCAUUUAGCUGCCUAAAACACCAUUGGAAAGCCAGUAAGCAGAACAGUGCAGUGGGACAAGAUGUUGAAAAGGAGAUUAAAGUGACUCUGGAUCACAGGUGCCCUCUCUGAGGGUUAACUUGUUGGCCCAAGUACUAGAGGCUAAAGUGCCCAUCUUAUCUCUGUUGGAAGGAAGUGGCAUUUCUGCUGCAGGUAUACUGAGUUACCUUGCCAGGUGUUCAGGUAAUGCCAUUUCUGAAGAUUGUAGGCUGCAUGGCUGAAGCUGUUUCAGGAGUACCUUUGGCAUGCUUUUAGAGACUUUUGUAAGUGAUCUCAGGCCAGCUAGUGGUGCUGGUGUAAGGAAAGUAUGGAGCAGUGGAUCCAGCUCUUCUCUUCAGUCUAACUGGCUUGUAGUUAUAGAAUUUAGCCAUUUUGUAGAGAGAAUGCCACUGUUGGUGCAAAAACCAUUUUGAUUGCGCAAGUCAUAUGCAUCUUGACAAGAUUAAGAUUGUACAUUUUCAGUCAUGGGCCCCCAGGAGAUUUGUUCCAAUGUCGUUUUUUACUGCCCACAUCUGGUGUCCUGAGGCAAAGACAGUACUUUUUAUUCAAAAGACUCAGGACUGUGGUCUUUCAUGACCUUUUUUGUUAAGGCAGUGACUCUCUGCAUCAGAAAACAUGGAGGCUCACAUUCCAUAGUCCUGGAAUAUAAGAUCAGGAACCUCUGGCUGUGGGUCCUUAGCCAAAGGUUGGGCUUACAAACCCUUCGUAUCCCAGAAGUUGAAAAUACCCUGGUAAUUUAACUUUGUAGAGCAGAAUUUUAUAAGUGGGUGAUAAGUUUUCUUACUAGACAGGCAAACUCAAAAACAUUUAGAAAAUCCAGAAAGUACAAACAUUUGUCUGUUUUGCUGUUGUCAGGCAAGUAUUGUGGGUGCUUUAUUCAGACACUUUUGCUUCUAUCUUUGAGGAGGGAGAUUAUGCCUGUGUUUUUUCUCUUACUCUGAAAAUUCAGCUAGCAUUCCUCAAGAUGACAAGUGGGCAGGGACGAGGGUGGGGGUAAACAUUAUGGUGACCUGAAUCCUGAAUAUGACAGCACCCUUUUGAUACUUUCAGAUUUGUUUUCCUUUUCUACAAAAGUAAUUUAGGCAUAUGCCUCCUCGUUCACUUCCUGCUGAGUUGUAAAAGUCCUUUCUUGGUCAUUUGAAGACUGUUUGUACAUGACUUAAACUCUUUCUUUCAUCCAUUUCAGAGAAUGUUAGCAUUGCAUUUUUGCAGUAGCCACAUAGGGGGGCACCAGAAGGUUUCUGAAAUUGUUUUGGCAGUUAGGGGAACUGGCCAUGAGAAACCAUGCAUGUUUUAAAUGGAAGACGAUUCACUGCUUGGGAUGGCAGGUAAAGGACUGGAUGAUGUUUCUUUAAUGGUUGCAGUUAUAUUUAAGCUACCUUUUCUCUUUGAGUCAGGAAUGCAGUAUUCUAUUGUAUAGAUUCCUCUUUCAGUUUUAUUUUUUUCAUUAGCGAGGGGGAAAUUAAUCCAGUAGUACAAAUGAGCCUUUGUUAACAUUUGAUAUUUCCUUCCUCUUGCGGUUUGAACUUUUACUGAAAGGCUUGCACUGCCUGUCUUGAACAUGCAUCUUCCUGUGACCUGCAUUGCCAUUCAUUGCAUUCUGUAAUUAUUGGGACUUCUUCUGCAAACCCCCUCUUACUUCUUAAGGUGUUCUUCAGUUUGCUUUUAGCUAUUGGUGCACUUUGCUUUACUCUCAGUUCUUGAUUCAUCUGCUCAUUUUCCCAGGAGAUUUAAUCUUGGAGUGGCUUUGCCAAAUAGCUUUUAUCUUUGUACAGCUUUAAGCUGUUUUUCAGAAAGAUAUCCAUAUAUAUUUUUGGUGUCUUUGCAAAAGGCAGUCUGGCUGAAAAGACCUUGAAAUGCUCUCUGAUUCAGUAAUUGUGUUUAUCAUUACCUAACUGGUUAACAAGUCCUUUCUUGGUCACAUAAAGACUUGCUUUUUUAGACUUGCCACUAUUUCAUCUUUGUUUCAGGACAUCUGUGCAAUGGCUGCAUGGUUUAGCAUUCAUGUGUUUAACAAAGUAUGCUGUUUGGGUGUAGUAUCCAAGUCACGUGCCUGAUUUGGUGUAACAGUCCUGUAGUAACUUACUGAUCAGGGAUUUGGCCAAGGACCUACCUCCUCCCAGAUGAGGAUCACUCAGUUUUUGUCCGUAUGAUGAGCCCGCUGACUUUUUUUUGACUAUUGCUUCGGAGCAUAUGAAAAGUUACACAGGUGCUGAUUGUUGUUCUGUAUCUUGGAAGGUUAGUCAGCAGCCUUAACAUUUCAUCUCUUGUUCACCUCUGAGUUUGAGAAUGAUUCUUUACUUCAUAGAUAUCAAGCUACAGUUUUCCCUGCAUUUGACACUGCUUUGUCAGUAUUGAUGACUGUAAAUGAUUUUAAGGUUGUGUCUCCAAGGACACUUCAGAGAUCAAAGCAACUGAGCUGUCUGUGUAGAUCAGGAGAGAAAGAGUUUAUUAUGUGUAGCCUCUGUUGACUAAGCAUUUCUCAGAAAAUUCAGAGUUUUGGUGGGUACCUGCAUAACUUAACUUGUGCAGGCAUUUUUUAAUGUACUGUUUUAACAUAUGCAUUGUUCAUAGUUUGCAUUCUGAAGAUUUACAUCAGUUUGGUAACACUGACAGUACAUCUGAUGGGAAUUGCAUUUAGAACCAUCUUAAGUUAAACAACUUCUAAAUACCCAUCUCCACACUGUAGGCUGUACAGAGGAGGCCAAGUUUAUAAGUUAACAGUUGCUUUCAUUUCUCAAUAUUUCAUUAUUACACCAAGGUCUUGUUUGCAUGUCAGCAGUGACGUUUGUUUGACCUGAUUACUAAGCUAAUCCAGAUUUGCAACUUGAUGGGACAGUAAAUAAAACCUGAAAAUUAAUUUGGAAUGUUAA